AUGAGCCGAGUGCCACCUAAAGCUCAAUUCGAUGGCGAGAUCGGAAAGGCGGUCUCCGUGCCGACCUCGUCGCUUGGUCCACGCCUGAGGAUUCCGUCCACAUCGCCAGUUGAACCUCUAGCUGCAUCCCAAUUCAACACCUACAAAAUGGUUGUCUACUACCAGAUCGCCGGCAAGAAGGUCGGCUCCCACGUCCAUCUUCGCCGGUUCGUGGGCUGCUAUGAGCGGUGGCGAGAAGCCCAAGACCGCUCAGGGCCCCCAAUCAAUGCUUCCUCCAAGGAUGAGGAGAACUUCAUCCAGAACUUCAUGAAGGAGGUUGAUGGCGGCGAGAAGAAGCCCAACCAACACUAG